AUGGCUGUCACUCACCCCGAAAUCGUCUACGCGCAGCGAUCGUCCGAGAGCGUUCCCGAGAAGAACAUCAUCUACCUCACCAUCAGCGCCUCUGACAUUCAGGGAGAACCCAAGCUUGACAUCGAGGCCAACAAGAUUACUUUCCACGCCAAGGCCGGAGACUCGAGCAAAGGAAUCCCCGAGAAGGAGUACGCUUUCGACAUCGAGCUCUUCGACGAUAUCCUCCCUGAGGAGACCAAGAAGUCGGUCACUUCCCGAGCCAUCGUGCUGAUCCUCCGAAAGAAGGCCGCCCGUGCCGAGUACUGGCCUCGACUCACCAAGGAGAAGGUCAGGAACCAGUGGAUCAAGACCGACUUCAGCAAGUGGGUCGAUGAGGACGAGCAGGACGAGGUUCCCGCUAUCGACGAGUCCGAGUUCGGCGGUAUGGGCGGCGCCGGCGGCAUGCCCCCUGGAGGUAUGGGAGGAAUGCCUCCUGUGGGCGGUGGCAUGCCAGGAAUGGGCGGAAUGGACAUGGCCAGCCUUAUGAGCCAGAUGGGCGGAGGCGCUGGAGGUGCUGGUGGCGCUGGUGGCAUGGACUUUGAGAAGCUCAUGGCCCAGAUGGGUCAGGGUGCCGGCGGUGCCGGUGGUGACUUUGGUGACGACGAGGACUCGGACGAUGGCGAAGCCGAUGACAAGGAGGACGAGGUAAGCACUUCGACUUCUCACCCUGCGAAUCGACAGAGACAUUGA